UAAAUAACCCAAAAAAACUACAGUGAGGAUCCGGAAAAGGAAACGUCUUGUGCAGAGGUCACGGAGACCUCGCGGUGGCAGCCGGGACGUCGGCGGACUGUGUGCCUGCGCUGAGGAAGGGUGCGUGUCCCCAGUGUCCGCUCCGGUCGCCCGGUUAGGAAUGCGCCUCACGAAGCCGGUGGGUGGUGUAAUAUUUGACGAAACGCCAGCGGGGACCGUGGUCUAAGAAGAGUCAUGGUUUGACAUCGCUUAUCCCACGACUAUCUCAGCGUGCACGUUUGAUUCAGUGAGCUAGCUGGCGUUAGCUCGCUUCGUUGAUUCAUAUCACGCUAGCUCGCUAGCUUUAGCCUGUAGCACACCUGCUAGCCGGCUAGCUAGCUAGUAAGCUAGUUUCAGAGCGCUGCUGCCAAUCCGGUCGCACAGAAGAGGACCAGACCGACUGCUGAGCCCCGGUCGGUAUUUGGGGAGGAGGAGGAGGUGGCAGGCGGGGGCCGGGAGAACGAGACGGAGAGGAAGUGAGUCAGGACCGGCCGAUGAGUUCAGACCAGAGCGGAGAGCCGCCGCAGCUGCAGGAGGAGGCUGAUCCCGGACCGAAGACUGGUGGGAAGGACGCGGCUCCGCUGGGGAGCGAGGGAGGGUCGGGCGGCAUGGUCACCUCUAAGGGCGCCGGUUUGAACCCAAAUGCCAAGGUGUGGCAGGAGAUGCCUGUGGCCCCCAGCGAAGCUGUUACCAACAGCCCUCAUUGGCCCCCUCAGACCUUGUCCACAGGUUAUUCUGAGCCUUCGUCCGCUGUGUGUAAGCAGUACACUGUGGGAUUCACGGCCCUGGAUGACAGCAGCUCCACAGCAACAGCUGAGAUAGCAGUAAAUGGAAUGGACCCUCCAGAGUUGGGCUUUUCCCCUGCUGACUCCACCACAGGGAGCUCAGUGGAUUCCAAAACUGAAGAGCGAUCUAAGAUCUCCUCUGAGAAUUUACGCGAGUCUCUGAAGAAGGAGCUAGAGUUUUAUUUCUCCAGAGAAAACCUCUCAAAGGAUUUGUACCUGAUGUCCCAGAUGGACAGCGACCAGUUUGUCCCUAUUUGGACUAUAGCCAGCAUGGAGGGCAUCAAGGUCCUCACCACUGACAUGGACCUCAUCCUGGAUGUGUUGAGAUCCUCUCCUAUGGUACAAGUGGAUGAGAAAGGGGAGAAAGUGCGUCCUAAUCACAAGCGCUGCAUUAUCAUCCUGAGGGAGGUCCCUGAAACCACCCCUGUUGAGGAAGUAGAGUCACUGUUCAAAAAUGACAACUGUCCAAAGGUGAUAAGUGUUGAGUUCGCACACAACAACAACUGGUACAUCACAUUCCAAUCAGACACUGAUGCUCAACAGGCAUACAAGUAUUUGAGGGAGGAAGUAAAAACAUUUCAGGGAAAACCCAUCAUGGCCAGGAUAAAGGCUAUCAACACAUUCUUUGCAAAGAAUGGCUACCGUAGCAUGGACAGCAGUCUGUACGCUCAGCAGUCCCAGAGCCAGUCCCAGUACAGCUCUCCGCUCUACAUGCAGCACGUCUACCCCCAGCAGCAGUACCCAGUCUACGGCAUCGUUCCUCCCACCUGGACGCCUUCGCCCACACCGUACUUUGAAACUCCUCUGGCUCCGUUUCCCAACAGUAGCUUUGUGAAUGGAUUUGGCUCUGCUGGACACUACAAAACUGGCUCCAGUUCUCUAAAUAUCACCCGCCCGUUCAACAGAAACCGAAACCAUGUGAAGCCCCAGGUGAGGACAGGUGAGGUGACCUCAGCGUCUAUAACUCCCGUCCCCUUGGAGAGUCUGACUGGACUGCGCAGUCCGCAGCCCCUCGCUUCCGUCGCCGCCACCACCAACCCAGUCCAGACGGCCUCCGACCUGAGCUCCCCAUUCUCACAUCUCUCCUCCUCCACGGAUCCCAGUGAUGACAACGGCAUGGCUGGACGUGGAAGACGGAGCACAACCUACAGAGGAACACGGAGGAGGCGAGAAGACGAACGGACUGCUAGGCCUGUUCCGUUAGCAGAGGUCAAGGUUUCUCCACCCAAGUUUGACCUGGCUGCCACCAAUUUCCCACCUCUUCCUGGUUGUGUUGUCAGUACACAGGGAGAGCCGGUGCUGGAAAACCGAAUGUCAGAUGUUGUACGCGGUUUGUACAGGGACAAGACCGAACAAGCCAAUAAAGAAGCCACUGUGAGUCCAGUUUCAGUACAACCACCGGUCGCAGAGGAGGCUGUGGCUGUAUCGAGUAUUGCCCUGGCAGCAGUGAAAUCUGCUACACAACCACUUGGACCUUCAGCUCCUGGAAUAACUCGUCAGGAGAGGAGAGUUGAACGGGCAGAGCCUCCAGCUCCAAAAGUGGCUCCACGCACACCUGUCCAACCUACCGUGAACCCCUCCCCCACCACACAACCUGUGCCUAGCCCCAGGCCCCAGCCCCCCGCUGCUGCUGCUGCUGCUGCUGCUACCUCUGCUGCUGCUGCGGUGGCGGCUGCUGCUGCUGCUGCUCCUGCUCCCUCCACACCAGUGACUCCCAGCACACCGGCCCCUGCUACAGCCCCUAUUCCCACCCCUGCACCUCAGGAGCCGCGUAAGCUCAGCUAUGCCGAGGUGUGCCAACGGCCACCCAAGGACCCGCCGCCUGCGGCCCCUGCCCCAGCUUCCACGGGCACCGCGUCAGGCCAGCCGCUACGUGAGUUGCGCGUGAACAAGGCCGAGGAGCCGGGCUCCAGCAGUGGUUCUGGAGACAAGCAAGAGAGAAGCCACGACAGGGAGGGGGCAUGGGAAUGCAAGGAGAGCCGACCACCACGUGAACGUGACUCUCAAGGCUACUACCGCAGCAACGGCCCCAGAGGCAACGGGGGCCUCAAGUUCCGGGACCAGAGGCGCCCGCCUCCGGCCCGACGCAGCUCCCCGCAGGGAGGCUACAGGCACACUGGCAAAGAGCAGAAUAUCCCACCAGUAUCGCCAAAGUAAAAACUUGAUAUGAAUGGAAAAAAAGAUGUAUGAAUAUAUACAUGGAUAUAUAUAAUUAUAUAAAAAUGAGUAACAUAAAAGCAACAACAUUAUGGUAGCCGCCUUUUCCCCCUGGAACUUGUCCAAAGAAAAGCUUUUAACGAUGACAGUGAGACCUGGACAUCCUGGACAAACGAGCAAAAUGACACCUGAAGAACUUUAAUGAGUGAUUUGACAAGGAAACAAAAAUCUUGUUCUGGCCUCCAGCAUUAUGCUUAAAAGAAUUUAAGUGCGUUUUAUCUGGAGGCAGUCUCAUUUUCGCUCUGCUAGGGAGAGGUGGGAUGCUGGGCCGCGUAAUCGGCCCUCUACCUUUUUUUUUUUAUUUUAAAGAAUAGAUGUCUGCAAGAACAAUAUGCACUAAGAAGAAAAGAACAUGCAUAUAUGUCAUGUACAUAUACAAAGAUAUCACUAACACGCAAUGAGACAUCAGAUUUUUCUUUUUUUUCUUGUGUGCUUAGGUUUGCAAGUAUGACUGAAGGGUUGACUGAUGUCUGUGUAUGCAUUGAUUGUUUAGCAAUUUGAUUGAAGUGCUACAGUGUGCUGUUGCAUUGAUGUAAUGAAAUGGAUGAUUUAUGAUUUUUACAGCGGAGACGCCGAAUCAUUGUCCUAAAACCAGACGGUGCGGUCCUCUAAUGUAUAUUAAUGAAAUGUGUUCUAUGGUGGUAUUUGAUCCUGGUUCAUAAUUGGCUUAAAUUGUAUCAAUCGAAUAUCAGAAACUGUUGAUUUAUGCCGCAGUCAGAUGUGUGGUUUUGUUUGAACCUGAAAAUCCACUUUGGGUUUGCCCACUGGCCCGUUAGCCAUGGUGAACCUGCUAGCCUGGUCCAAAGUUUUUCAUGUUAAGUUUUAUCUCCAUUUAUCUGAACCGUUUCGGGUCUAACCACUCUGAUGGAUUCAGAUUAUUUUCAUGUUUAUCAGUCAGGUUCUCUGUUUACAUGUUUGAUUUGGUUGUAGAGUGACGUUUUCCAAGAGGAGGAAAAAAAGAAGGGGAUAAUAACAUUUGACUGUUCAGUGCACCUGGUAGUUUAGGUGAGGUUUGGCUUUUCUACAUUAUCACAGGAUAUCCAGGUUAAGCUUAUAUCUGUGAAUUGUUCUUAACAAAGGCAUAGUGUCAAAAAUAGACUGAGGAGUGCAGUUAGCUGAGGAUAAUAGCUACAUGAUAUUUGGCAGCCAAGUCGUUGGUAUAAAGAAAAUUGGAACAUUUUCACGUGCUAUGUGCCAGCUGCCUACGAUCAUAGUGUGCUAGAAUAAAGUUUUGAUUUUUAUUGACGAGGUCUGCUAAAUAAUGUAGUCUUGGGGAAAUGUUUGGCCCAGUGAAACUGGAUUUUGAAGAAGCUGUAGAGGUGUAGUUGCCUAUGCUCUAUCGUGAUAACCCUUCACUAGAAAAUGUGUGUGGGAGAAUGUAAUUGUUCUAGUACUGAAUUUACAGAGGGAGGCUUUUGACAGCAGGUAUCCACCAGAUUGUUUUGUGCUUUUAGGGUGAGUUUGCUGGUUUGUUUGUUUUGUUUUUUUUUUCUUUUUUUUCUUUUUUUAAAUGAAUUGACUUAGAAUUUGAAGUUUGACUCACUAUGUAUUGCUUUUUAAAUUUAUUUAUUUUAAUUCCGAUGCACAACGCUUUUCUCCCAAUCUUGGUAGGCUGGUUUCCCCAAAGUUGUGUGAAAUCGCAUUGGCAAAAUAAAAUCACGCAUAUGACAUUUAUAAACCGUUAAAUGUCAGCUGAGCAGAAAAUACUUGAUGCAUUGACUUUGGGUUUAGUAAUGCAGUAAAACGAGUAACCAAUCACUGGGGCUGUUAUUUCUUUUUCAUUAAUGAGUAUGAGCAGCUAGUGAUUUAGUAUAAUUAAAUAAAUGCACUAACUUGUUUUAAAAAUAAUCUUACUCAUGAUUAAUGUGAAAUAAUUUUAGAAUAUGGUUGAUGUUAACAGGCUUGCAAAUACCUACAGGAAUCCCCCCCCACGUAAAUUUGGGUUAUUUUCUAUUAAUUCGGGUCGGGUGGCAAAAGGAAAUAUAGUAAUGGAUCAACCAAGUGUUUGAGACACAAUCCUAGAACUGUAUGAAAUGUCACCAAAAAUAAAUUAUUUUGAUUUGGC